AUGGAAAACAUGAAAUAUCGGUAUAUUUACGAGUACGAGUUCUACCGUGGCACCGGUGCUGCAGAAACAGCUCGAAGGAUUAAUGAUGUGUACGGCGCUGGUGUCGCAAAAAAAGCACGGUACGUUUUUGGUUUCAACGUUUUCGUUCUGGAUAUUUUGACCUUCAGAACCAACCCCGUGGACGGCCGGAGACCAAAGUGGAAAAUGAAGAAUUAA